AUGGACUGCACAUAUAUAUAUGAUGUGGAGUGGGACGCCAUCAUCAUUGGAGCUGGUCCGGCGGGCAUCGUCGCCGCUGAUCGAAUGAGCGAAGCGGGCAAGAGAACCCUCCUUCUCGAGCAAGGAGGACCUUCGUAUUAUUCUACAGGCGGACGAGAACGACCAGACUGGCUAUCAAAUACAGAGCUCUCUCGUGUCGACGUUCCAGGCCUCUACAGCUCCAUCUUCAGCGGCAGCUCCAGUCUGCUCUGUGGUGACAAGCAAACCGGCGGCUUCGGCGGCUGUACAAUUGGUGGCUCUAGUGCCAUCAAUGCUGAGCUCUUCUCACAACCACCCGCCUCCGACUUUGACACUUAUUAUCCCCAGAAAUGGAAGUCCGAAAACAUGGCGGGUGCCAUUGAAAAGGUCAAAGCCAUGCAGCCAUUCACCAACACUCCGUCGGCCGAUGGCAAGCGCUAUGCACAGUCCGGCUACGACGCAACGAGGAAGUGGCUCGUGGACAGUGUUGGUUACAAGAGUGUCGCAGUCAACGGCGACCCGAACAACAAGAACGGAGUCUUCGGCAGGGCCAAUUACGCUUACCAGAACGGUCAACGAAGCGGACCAGUCAAGACAUAUCUCCAAUCUGCUCUGGGGCGGUCGAACUUCUCCCUCAGGAGCGGCGUGCAGGUCAAGCGGGUGGAGCGCGACGGUAGCAAGGCCACUGGCGUCGUGGCAAUGGUCGACGGCCAGUCCACCACCUUCAAGCUCUCCGGAAACGGUCGAGUCAUUCUGAGCAGCGGAUCAUUCUUCAGCCCUCAGCUUCUCAUGUUAUCGGGCAUUGGUGAUCCCGCAUCCUUGUCGGGCCUGGCAAACAACCAGCUUCUGGACAUGCCAUCAUCAGCGUGGAUCAAUAAUUCCGCUGUGGGUGACCACUUGUACGACAAUCCCAACACCUUUCUGGUGUUUUCGGGAACGAACAUCCAAUCGUACAACUUUGACUACAGCUCGCCUAUUGCUACAGAUAAGGAUCUAUACCUCCAAUCUCGAUCCGGCCCUCUCUCCUCUGCAGGACCUACUGGUCUGUUCUGGGACAGCGUGAAGCAAGCCGAUGGCUCAUCCAUCGCCGUUCAAGGCACUGUCAAUGUCGCCGGGUCGUUCAAUUUGACCGGCCCUGACACCUUCACAAUCAAUGUCUACGCCACAUCUGGCGCAAAGUCCAAGAGCAAGGUGAUUCUGAGCGAGAAGGGAAUUCCCGGUCCCGCAUCAGAUUUCCUCUACAGCGAUCCAGCGGACGCCGAUGCCGUCGCUACCGUCAUCUACAAGAUGUUCCAAUCCUUUCCCCAGACGGGUCUCACGUCUUUGAACUUGCCAGUGACAUCCAGCAAAGCUGAGAUCCUCCAGUACAUCACCACGCCCUCCGACUUUACGAAAGGAUACGUCAACCACUGGAGCGGGUCGUGCAAGAUUGGCACAUGUGUCGAUUUAGACACGAAAGUCAUCGGAAUGGAUAACCUUCACGUCGUCGAUUCUAGCAUUACAGAAGCAUUCACGGCGAAUCCCAUUUUCGGGAUUAUGACUGUUGCGGAGAGGGCAAGUGAGUUGAUAUUGGCUUUGGACCAGAAAUGA